AUGGCCCGGGCACUUCCUCGCCGCUGGCACGGCCGCACUGCACCCCGGUCCAGGAGGCGUCGGCGGGACCCAGCGGGAUGGUCUCCUCCCUGCUGCCAGGUGCCUGCUCCUAGCACGAGAGGUCUGGUGGAGCCAGGCACCUGUCCUCACUGCCUCUUCCCUGUCCAGGUGUCUGCCUCGUCUGACCCUCGCUCGGCCGGGGACGAGGAGCUGGCGCCAUCGGGCAAGGCGCGGGGCCUGAGGCGGAGCGGGCAGGCUGGCCCACGGCGGCACAGGCGCCGCUGGGCGGCUCAGCAGGCUACCAGGAGCCCAGCAGUGCCCCAGCCCGGCGGCACUGGCCAGGAGGAGAGCCUGCCCUUCGUGCUGGACCUGCAGAGCCUGCCAGGGCUGGCCAACGUCGACCUGAGCGCCCAGAACCCAAACAUCCAGGUGACCAUUGAAGUAGUGGACGAUCCUCAGGCUGAGAUGGAGAUGGACUUGUUGAAGGAGACAAGGAACGACUGGUCCCUGACAUCCUCUGAGUGGCUGUCCCACAAGGACCUGUUCUGGCCCCUCUUCUGGGAAUACACUGACCCUGCUGAGGAGGAAGAGGAGGAGGAGGAGGAGGAAGAAGAGGAUGACAACCUAGAUGUAAGAGACAAAGAGGAGGAGGAAGAGGAGGAGGAAGAGGAAGAUUACAUGUCGGAGUAUGAUGAGGAGGAGGAGUCCAUGCUAAGUGGAGUGGGAGGUGACUGGGACCAGCGGUGGCCUGGGCAGAAGAACUGGAUCUUUAAGGAAAAAUAUAAUUACGACUAUGAAGAUGAGGAGGAAUGGAGCACUUGGUCCCCUUGCAGCAUCACCUGCGGCAGUGGCAAUCAGAAGAGGACCCGGUCCUGUGGCUACGCCUGUACAGCAACGGAGUCGAGGACCUGUGACCUGCCACGUUGCCCUGGAGCAGAGGGAGAAAUGACCUUCCCCACAGAGGAGACUCCUUUUAAAAGUGACAAUACCACCGAGCUGUUCAACUCAGAUGUAGACAGCUGUGAGAAGUGGCUGAACUGCAAGAGUGACUUCCUCACCAAGUACCUGAGCAAGGUGCUGACAGAUCUGCCCAGCUGUCCCUGCUCCUACCCGCUGGAGGCGGUUUACAGUGCCGUGAACCUGCGGGAUGAGCGCCAGGGCAAGAGCUUCCGCUGGCGGGACGCCAGUGGGCCCAAGGAGCGCCUGGACAUCUACAAGCCCACGGCCCGCUUCUGCCUGCGCUCCAUGCUCUCCUUGGACAGCACCACGCUUGCUGCCCAGCACUGCUGCUAUGACGAGCACACCCGUCUCAUCACCCGGGGCAAAGGGGCUGGAGUCCCUAAUCUCAUCAGCACUGAGUUCUCCCCGGAGCUGCACUACAAAGUGGACAUGCUGCCUUGGAUCCUCUGCAAGGGGGACUGGAGCCGGUACCAUGCUGUGCGGCCUCCCAACAACGGGCAGCAGUGCGCUGACAACCCUGCCGAGGAGGAGUACCUCUCCCAGCUGCAGGAGGCCAAGGAGUACUAGGCUCUUGCCAUGCUCAGAGGAGCCGCGGGGCAGCAGGUCUCCCACACAACCUCAGGGGAGCCCCUGGGAGCUGGUGAUUCUUACAGCAGCCCA